GCGCAGGUCUAAACUUUCAAAGAACUUCACCUUCAAACUUGCUGGUCUCUAUCCCCUCCAAUCGCUUACUAUACCUAUUCAAUCUCGUAUGCGAUUUUCUGCUUUUCUCGCCCUGUGAUUUACGACAAUUUUUGGAGAGAGUUAUUUCGCAUCUACACAUUAAUUUAAGAGCGUGCUCUGGCCAACCGCAUUCGCUGGUCCCGACAACACUCCACGAUUCGUCAUCAUCCUCGAGAAGACAACUGCGCCGCGCGCGCAUACAUGGAUAAAUGGCGUCGGUAGUAGAAACCCGGGUCCCAAUCGCCAUUGGAAAUAACGCAAUGGACGGCGUAGUAGACGGAGGCAUUCACAAGAACUUGUCGCAGGCUACAUUGCGUCUAAAUCCACCGCCAUCUCCACCCGCAACCGAGACAGACACCGAGACAGAUUCAGAAGCCCCGAACACGCCGCAGCUACAAUUAGAUCCCAGGACAAGCAUUGCGUCACCAUCAUCAAGUCGUGUGAUAGAGAUGAGUACACCGGACUCUAACGCAAACAAUACCUCGCCUAUAAUCUCGCCUGUAACGUCACCCAUAACCUCGCCGCCGUACUGGAUGAACAACCACUCGAACCAUACGAGAGCGAUAUCGAGCACGUCCGUCGAUUCGAUCCCCACAGGCGGCAUUACGCUACGAGACAACGAAAAUAGUGAACUUGACGAUCGGGGGAGUGCGUGUUGGGCCAAGAGCGUUGAGAUCACGGACUACGUGACGGUCAAUGGCAGUACUACCAACAUAGGAGCAUUCGUGGUUUGGAACAUAAGAGUGGGGACAUUGAGCGGGAGUUACAUAAACAUACGGAAACGAUACUCGGAAUUCGACGACUUUCGAUGGCGGCUGAUACGCACGUUUCCCAACUUUGAGGCCGCCGUGCCCGAAUUGCCGCCCAAGAGCAUCGUUUCGAAAUUUAGGCCUAGAUUCUUGGAGAAGCGCCGAGCUGGUCUGCAGUACUUCAUGAACUGUGUAUUAUUGAACCCGGAGUUCUCUGGAUCCCCCGUCUUGAAGGAAUUUCUCUUUUCAUGACACCACUUACAGCAAGCUCAAAUUUGAAUGACCGGCACGAGAUAGUGCACGAUUUUGACGCACGUUACGAAGUAAUGCUAAUAUUGUAUGAACACAAUCGCUUGUAGCCCAAGUACCCGAGAUGACACUCGGAUGUGGAGAUGGAAUUUGGACAUACCAUGUCUUGGGCAUUUUUUCUUCACCAUUUCAUUCGUGGUACAUAUAAAACCCUCAAUGUAUUAUCUCCGAAAUUCAGUAGUCCUCAUAUGUAAAUCCACCUAAACAGAGGACCAUUUCAUGUAAAAUUUUCUGUAUCGAACGAGAACAUAUGCUUCCUCUAGACCAAAAACCAAGUCUAUCUAUGUCGUAACCUAACUAUGUGA